AUGUGUGUCAACCAUGGAAUGGGCUUAAGUUGGGAAAAAGUUGAUGACAUAUUUUUGACGAAAAACCCACCGGCUAUAAAAAGCAUUUAUGAAAAACCAUUGUUACUGCAUCAAGGCCACAUGCAGUGGUUAUAUGAUCACGAGGGAAGGAGAUACUUGGAUUUACUUGGUGGGAUACUUACCGUAUCUGUUGGACACUAUCAUAGGAAGAUAGUAGCAGCCGUCGAAGAACAAUUAAAGACACUGUGGCAUACUACGACACUUUAUAGACAUUCCAAACAAUUUGAAUUUAUCGAAAAACUAACUUCUAAGCUUCCGGAAAAAUUACAGGUCGUUUAUUUGACGAAUAGCGGAACGGAAGCUAAUGACUUAGCGAUAGUAUUAGCUAAAUGUUACACUGGUCAUAACGAUAUUAUUUCUUUACAAAAUUCGUAUCAUGGUAACUCUAGUAGCAUGAUGGCAUUGACUGCAAUGCAAAGCUUCAGGCAACCAAUACCAGUUCCCCCUGGAUUUCAUCACGCCAUGGUUCCAGAUCCAUUUAGAAAUGAAUGGGGUGGAUGUCGGGAUUGCAUUUCUCAAGUGCCAGACUCGUGCUCCUGUACGGGAGAUUGUCUUUCUACUGAUAAAUAUAUCGAUCAAUUGAAAGAGGUUCUUGAGUUUUCGAUACCUAAUCGACGGGUAGCGGCGUUCUUUGCUGAGUCUAUCCAGGGGGCUGGAGGGAUCGUGCAGUUCCCAAAGGGUUACAUUAAGAGAGCUCAACAGCUUAUUAAAGAGCAUGGUGGCAUAUUUGUUGCUGACGAGGUCCAGACUGGUUUUGCGCGUACUGGUGACACUUUCUGGGGUUUCGAAUCACACGGUAUCAUUCCUGACAUAGUAACGCUGGCGAAAGGCAUCGCUAACGGGUUGCCGUUUGCAGCUGUAGUUACGACCAAAGAAAUCGCCGAGGCACAUACUAAAGCGAAUUACUUUAACACUUUUAGUGGCAAUGCUCUGGCGGCAGCAGCUGGCGUGGCUGUAUUGGAGGUGAUUGACGAUGAAAACAUUCAAGAUCAUUGCAAGAAGAUAGGAGAAUAUUUUAUUCGUCAAUUAAUACAGCUUCAACAACAAUUUCCGAUUAUUGGUGACGUCAGGGGUAAAGGUCUGAUGUUGGCAAUGGAACUAGUUAGACCAGGCACUAAAGAAAAUUUGAGUGACGAUUGCAUGAUAAGAAUGCAUCAAAGAUUAAAAGAUCUUGGCGUUUUGACUGGUCUUGGUGGUCGGAACCUAAAUGUCUUGAAAAUAACUCCACCAAUGUGUAUUACUAAAGAAGACGUGGAUUUUGCAGUAUCCGUUUUUAAUGAUGUUUUUAAGCAAUUCUCUUAAAGCGUUUA